GGAAACAUGAUAUUCUUCCAUCAGAUGAAACGUUAACAUCUCCGCUCGGCAAGGCUGACGCCACCACCACUCCCCGCUUUCUACAGCCAUGAACCACCGCAAACUCCACCACAACUCCACCACCCAGAACCAAAACCAAAACGAACAGAUCCCAGCUGCCUCAAUUCCAAAAACAUGCGGAAACCAGCUCUACCACUUCCUCUGGUUCUCCCUGAUCGCCACCUGCAUAAAACUCCUACUAAUUCCGGCAUAUCACAGCACAGAUUUCGAGGUCCACCGCAACUGGCUAGCUCUUACCCAUUCCCUCCCUCUCUCCCAAUGGUACUCCGACGAGACCAGCCCAUGGACCCUCGACUACCCACCAUUCUUCGCCUACUUCGAAUACUUCCUCUCCUUCUUCGCCUCUAUGUUGGACCCCACCAUCGUCCACCUCUCUGACGGCCUCAACUCUAAAUCCCACCUAACCAUCCUCUUCCAACGAGUCUCCGUUACCUUAUCCGAUGCUGUUUUGUUCUACGGAAUUUACAGAAUUACUCGGAAACUCGACCCCAAACAGAAAUAUCUCAUCUGGGUUUUGGCUGUUUGGGCUCCCGGUUUGAUUAUUGUGGACCAUCUGCAUUUUCAGUAUAAUGGGUUUUUGCUGGGGAUGCUUUUGAUUUCGCUUUCAGCAUUGGAGAAUGGGGAGGACUUGUUGGGAGGGUUUGCUUUCGCGGUUUUGCUUUGUUUUAAGCACUUGUUUGCGGUGGCCGCGCCGGUUUACUUUGUGUAUUUGUUGAGGCAUUAUUGCAGGGGUGGAUUGGUUAAGGGGUUUGGGAGAUUGGUGGUGAUGGGGAGUCUGGUUGUGGCCGUUUUCGCGGCAGCUUAUGGUCCUUUCGUGUACAAUGGGCAGAUACAUCAAGUUUUACGGCGCAUGUUUCCUUUUGGGAGAGGACUCUGUCAUGCUUAUUGGGCUCCAAAUUUCUGGGUGUUCUAUAUCAUGUUCGAUAAACUGCUUGCAUUCUUGCUUGUAAAAAUGGGGUUCCACGUCAAAGCACCAACAGCAUCAUUCACUGGUGGGCUAGUGGGGGACUCCUCACCUUUUGCAGUAUUACCUACGAUCACCCCAUUGAUUAGUUUGGUACUGGUCCUCCUUUCAAUAUCCCCUUGUCUUUUAAAGGCCUGGAGAGAUCCCAAACCAAGUGCAGUUACUAGAUUGGUGGCGUAUGCUUAUUCUUGUGGCUUUAUGUUUGGGUGGCAUGUUCAUGAGAAGGCAUCACUUCAUUUUGUGAUCCCUCUUGCAAUCAUUGCCUUGAAAAGUGUUGAGGAUGCAAAGCAUUACUUCUUUUUGUCUAUAGUAUCCUGCUAUUCAUUGUUCCCUCUUUUAUAUGAAGCACAAGAGUAUCCUAUAAAAGUACUGCUACUGCUUUUACAUGCUGCACUUAUGUGGUUCGGAUUGUCUUCGUAUUUUGGAGCAUAUGUGCCUAAAGGGGAUGAAAGAUCUCAUAGUAGUGCAGUAGUGAGGAAUGCAGAUUUUGUCAUUGGAUGGUUUGGGAAGUCUUAUCUGAUGGGCAUGGUGGUAGUUGAGAUAUGCGGACAGUUCUUGCAUCCUGUAGUUCUUGGAAAUAAACUUCCCUUCCUACCUCUCAUGAUGAUCUCUAUAUACAGUGGAUUUGGAAUGAUGUACUCGUGGAUUCGGCAACUAAGGUGGAUUAUUGGGUCCAUUUAACUUAUUUCUGUGUUAGUCAAAAGGUAUUAUCUGGAAAAAUUUUGACGAAUUUCCAGAUAGUUGGCCUUCUGCAUUUAAGUAUUUUUGCCUUACACUUGCUGUAAUACUUGCUUGAAGGUUAAUAAACAUCCUUCGGUUCCUGGGCUAGUA